AUGCUUAAAUGCAAGUGUAAAAGUUAUUCAACAACUCUUCUUAUAGCUGGAAAAACUGUUUCAGAAAUACAUUAUGGACCUUUUUCUUAUACAUGGUGGAUCACGAGCGAAAGAAAUAUAAAUAAUCAAAUAAAACUACUAGUUCCAAUAAAUUUAGGUAUGAAAACGCUUACAAAACUCAAUGGCUGUAAUUUUAUUAUUACUGUUUUGAAACCUGAUAUAGAAACUUCGCCUGGUUCAAGAUAUCAAGCAACUU